AUGUCUCUCUUCCCACGAUUCACCCAGGAAUUCGCUCCUAUCUUCCGUCUUUUCGACGAAUACGAUAGGCAAGCCUUCCGCAACAUCGACCGCGAAUUCAACAACAUUCGGUCCUUCACUCCCAAGUUUGACGUGAAGGAAACGAAAGAGGGUUACGAGCUCCACGGCGAACUCCCCGGUGUCGAACAAAAGGACAUCAACAUCGAGUGGACAGACAACAACACGCUGACCAUCUCUGGUCGCCACGAGCACGUUCGCGAGGAGGGUCAACGCCCUCAGGGCUUCAUCGAGAACGGCGAGUCUUCCCAGCAAAAGAAGCUCGGUCACCAACCCACUGUUGAGGACGACCCCAGCGAAUCCGACAACAACAAGAAGGUCGCCAAGCAAUCUGAAAACAAGGACGUCACCAAGCACGAUGAGAACAAAGCGAAGUACUGGGUCAGCGAGCGUUCAGUCGGAGAGUUCCAUCGCUCAUUCGCCUUCCCUGCUCGUGUCGACCAAGACAGCGUCAAAGCUAGCCUUAAGAACGGUAUCUUGAGCAUCCUCGUUCCCAAGGCUCAGGCUCCUCAGCCUCGAAAGAUCAGCAUCGAGUAG